AUGCCGCUCCUCGGCAGCAUUAUGACCAUCGACGCCGGUAGUCCGACAACGGCGUCCACCAGCGUCUUCGAGGAGAACAUGACGUGGUCUCGAUCAACCGGUGCCGCUACGUCUUCCGCUAACGAGGCCCACUCGAUCCCCAGCGACGAGCAGUACCUGCUGCGACUAGCUACCGAUCCUGCUACCAAACGUCCCGAGCAAGCACCGUCCGCUCGCACGGACAACGAUACCGGGAUUGGCACGAGCGUUCAGCGAGAGAGAACGAGGGAGUACGGUUGCGCUUGCACCAGGUCGAACCCGGUGAGUCGACCGGUGGACACCGUGUCACCGACCAGGCUGCCGUUUCUCGUCACCGAGCUGAACGCCACCGAUUCCAACGGCACCUCCGAGGACGAUCAAAGACUCAGACAGCUGGAACUGUUGUUCGGUUUGGGGGGCAUGAUGGAAGAUUUCGGUGGGCCGUUGAACGACUCCUUCAACGAGAGUCUCCUGCUCCCGUGGAACGGUAGCCUGUACAACGAAUCGUAUUUCGUGCUCGGGGAGAGUUUGUACCCUUCGGGCUACACGUUGCCGCACAUCAUAAUGGCCUCCGUCCUGGCGACGCUGCUCAUGAUCGUGAUCGUCGUGGGGAACAUGCUCGUGAUCAUCGCCAUCGCCACCGAGAAAGCCCUGAAGAACAUACAGAACUGGUUCAUAGCCAGCCUGGCUGUCGCCGACUUCUUCCUGGGUCUGGUCAUCAUGCCCUUCUCGUUGGCCAACGAGAUCAUGGGCUACUGGAUCUUCGGUUACUGGUGGUGCGACAUACACUCGGCCAUGGACGUGUUGCUGUGCACCGCCAGCAUCAUGAAUCUCUGCCUGAUAAGUCUGGACAGGUUCUGGAGCAUCACGCAAGCGGUGAAUUACUUGAAGAAGAGGACCCCGGCUAGGGCCGCGCUAAUGAUCGCCCUGGUUUGGCUACUAUCGGCGCUAGUUUGCAUCCCGCCGCUGCUGGGAUGGAAAAGACCCACCCCCGCCGAAGAGUACCCCAAGUGUAAGCUCUCAGAGGACAUCGGUUACGUCCUCUACUCCGCUCUGGGCAGCUUCUACAUCCCCUCGUGCAUCAUGGUGUUCGUGUACAUACGCAUCUACUUCGCGGCGAAGGCCCGAGCGCGUCGAGGCAUUCGCAAGCAGCCUCGUCCUCGCGCAGUGGUACCACCCGAAUCACCAGACGUCAGACAGACUAGUUUCACCCAAAGCACACCUGCCACGGAAUCGAAGAAACCACCGGGUUCCGUGAUGGAGAACGUGGCCACCAUCGAGAACCAGCCGGUUCAGAUUCCUAUAGUCACUUGCGAUUUUGCUAGUGACGUCAGCACCUCCGAAGCGGACCCUGGCGGAGGAAGCAGCAUACCUAUGGAGGAGAAAGACACUCUCAAGGUAACGAUCCCUAUGCCGGUGCAGAAGAGCAGUCUGAAGGCGACGCUGUCGGUGAACGGCGACGGUCAGUCGAGCGUGCCGUCGCGCUGCCGGGCGCCUAGCGUGGGCAUCGACGUCGACAUGGUUUCCGAGUUCGAUCCCUCGUCGUCGGACAGCGGCGUGGUGUCGAGAUGCGCCGUGGUGAAGCCGUUGAAGCUGCGCCUUUGCCAGCCGAUCUUCGGUCGCAAGAACCUGGGCAAGCUGCGACGGGAGCACGGGGACGGUGGUCGCUCGGCGGGCAAGGACGACUCAGGCGAGGGCAAAUCGUCGAAGCCGCGCGACCCCGAGAGAGAGAAGAGGAGACUGGCGAGAAAGAAGGAGAAACGAGCCACUCUGAUACUCGGUUUCAUUAUGGGCAGCUUCAUCGCCUGCUGGCUGCCCUUUUUCGUCCUGUACAUCGCGAAACCUCUGUUCCCGGACGUCGAAAUACCCACCCAAGCGUUCGUGAUCGCGUUCUGGCUGGGAUACAUGAACUCUGCCCUGAACCCGUUCAUUUACACCGUCUUCAACAAGGACUUUCGACGCGCGUUCCGUCGUAUACUGUUCAAAUGAAAACGGUCGAAU